GAUAAAAGAAAGUCCGAAAUGAACUGGAAUAUUUCCUUCUUGUUGAUUUCAGGUGGAUUAAUACAACUCUUAGGAGAAACACAAGCAGUUUGUAAUCAUCCUGCAACAGUAUCAACUUGUAAAACUACUACUUUUGGUUUCGAUUUUGAACAUCCUGUCUGCUUUCUAAAGAAGACAUACACAAAUGGUGGUGUAACGUAUGAAAGAGGAGGAACAAAUGAAACCGUGUGUAGGAAAAAUGCUGCACUCAGCUCUCUGAAUAAUCCGGACUGCAAAUUAUCAUCCCCACCGAAUAAUACUGUGUGCUAUGAUUGCUGUAUUGCACGUUGUCUUGAUAGUCGGUUCUGCAACGACAAGAAUGAUAUAAAUCCCAACUUUAUGCCAUCAUACAUGCAAACAGGAAGUUCAGGACAACUCACAACUACAGCCCCAACCACAUCCAAGCCAACUACACCAACGACCAUACCAACCACUACUACACUUGUGCCAACAACGACACCCACUACAACACCAACAACGACACCAACUACAACUUCAGCGCCAACAACGACACCAACUACAACACCAACAACGACACCAACUACAACUUCAGCGCCAACAACGACACCCACUACAACACCAACAACGACACCAACUACAACUUCAGCGCUAACAACGACACCAACUACAAUACAAACAACGACACCAACUACAACUACAGCGCCAACAACGACCUCUACAACCUUGGCAACAACUACACCGAUUCCUACCACUUUACCAACUACAACAACUACAGUUACAACUAUUGCAUCUACAACUCCAACUACAGUCAUAACAACUUCAGCAGCGGUAAAUGGUACAAAAUGUUUGGUGUGUACAGAAGAUAAGAGUACCAAUUGUUCAUCUAUGGAUUAUACUGUGUGUAGUGGGGAUAGACCUUAUUGUCUGAAUGAAAUCAUUUAUCAAAAUGGUAAUUGGACAAAAACUCUUCAUAGAUGUGCAAGUAGAGUAGAGUGUUAUUGGGAUUACUGGAUCGGCACUGGUAAUGGAACUGACUGUAUUCAAAACGGCGUAUGUACAUACUGUUGUCAGGGACCAGAUGGUAAACCUUGCAAUGCGAGGACGGAAAAGCCAACAAACUUAACAAACUUUGGUCAAACUCAAAACCGAGCUUAUAAAUGUGCUGUAACUGGUCCACAAAACAGUAAUAAGAUACAAGAUUGUCCUCCUUCAGACAGAUUCUGUCUCAAUGAUGUGUAUUAUGACACAGAUCCGAAUACUAACAACCUCAUCACCAGGGAUGUAAGAAGAUGUGCAUCCCAAAAUCAGUGUAAAGGAAAAUGGUUACAGUCGAGAAAAACCGACGCAUGUUUGACAGGAAAUAUGACCGGUGUUGAUGCUUCCAAGACAGGAAAUAUGCUUCUUUGUCAUUAUUGUUGUGAAUCCAAUGCAACCACUCCAUGUAAUUUGCAUCCGAAACCAGACCAAAUUAAACUAUUUAUACAACCAACAACAAUUCCUAUCGUUUCAACGUCACUCCCUGCAGUUUCAACGUCACUUCCUGUAAUUUCAACGUCACUUUCUGCUGUUUCAAGUACAUUCGUUACAAAUGCUACUACGAUUUUUACUACGAAUUCCACAACACUUUCUACCACAGUCGUUACAAAUGCUACUACGAUUUUGACUACGAAUUCCACAACACUUUCUACCACAGCAGUCCCUACAACACCUACAACCCCAAAAGCUAAGGUCUUUUGUCACCAAUGUGGCGAUACGUCAAAUGGUAUACCAUGCAGCAGCCGACAGGUCACCACGUCACAACCAAAAGAAUGUAAUGGCGCGUAUCAGUAUUGUAUGACAGAUAUCAUUCAGGAUUCAAAUGGAAAUGCAGAUGUUUAUAAAAGGUGUGUCACAGACCAUAUAUGCAGAAAAGAAUGGAUAGUAGAAUCGGCUGACGAGGAUUAUUGUAAAAGAUACGGAGUUGUUCAAAAUCCAUCCGCUUUCAAUUGCCAUUUUUGUUGCACGAGUGAUGGUUGCAACUCUGGUCUAGUACCAAAUUCCACCACAUGGUAUAAGCUGCAUAAUUGAAAGACAUGAAAUGGUCUACAUGAUUGACAAAAAUCUUACAUUUAAAUUUAAAAAAAAAAUCUUUUCGGAUUUGUAAAGGUAUUCACAGAUACAAGUAUAAGUUUUAGAUGCAUUGUUAACAACUAUGAGUGUAAUAAAAUAUUUGAAGUUGAA